AUGGUCCAACCAACACGACCGCCGGCCAACGGCUUCGUCGCCUUUUGCCGCAAGAUAUACAACCCCAUCGGCUUCUCCAAGGGCUACAACUUCAUCCUCUUCUUCAUCUUUGGCGGCGCCCUCAUGGGCUUCAGCCUCGCCCGCAUGCCCUACCUCGACUACUGGGGCACCUUCCAGCGGGGCAAGCGCAGCGAAAAGUACUACUUUGAGGGCGGCCACGUGCAGGUCGGCAUGAUGCUGCACCUCUUCACCAUCAUCCCGGCCUCGUUCCUGGCGUGCUUCCAGUUCGUCCCGGCCAUCCGCCACCGGGCGAUCCUGGUGCACCGCGUCAACGGCUACGUCGUCGUGCUGCUGUCCCUGGCCUCGACGGUGGGCGCCCUGAUGAUCGCGCGCAGGGCGGCCGGCGGCACCGUCGACACGCAGACGGCGACGGGCUUCCUGGCCGUCGUCUUCGUCGGCGCCCUCGCCAUGUCCUACUACAACGUCAAGCGCCUGCAGAUCGAGCAGCACCGCGCCUGGAUGCUGCGCGCCUGGGCCUACGCCGGCGCCAUCGUCACCAUGCGCCUCAUCUUCGUCGUCAUGAUCUUUGUCAACAGCGCCAGGGGCUACUCGACCGUGCGGGAGUGCAGCCAGGUCGACUACGAGAUGGAGGGCGACCGCGACAGGGUGCUCCGUCUGUUUCCCGGGUGCGAGGGCUUCUACUCCGGAGAGGACGAGCACGCCGUUGUCAUUGUGGAUGCGAACAUGGGUGGCAAUGCCGCGACCGUCGGCAGCGCCCUGGUGCUCAGCUUUGGGGCCGCGCUGUGGCUGGCUACUGCGAUCCACAUGAUUGGCGUCGAGAUAUACCUUAUGCUCACACCGGCCGAACACGAACGGUUGCGCAACGUCUCUUAUCAGCGACAACUAGAGGCCGGUAUGAAGAACCCUGGCCGGGCUGGGCUGACGGUUGACAGGUUUGGGGACGCAGAAAAGUGGAUUCCUGAGUCUCAGCGCAAGUUCGUUGGUCAACAGAGCGUAGAGAAUGAUUCUGAUGCGGCCCUGAAUGAACGAUGA